UGCGCUAUGAGGAAAAGAAGUACAUUUUGAUACAAUUCCUAAUGAUACUAUUAUUAUUUUCAAAAUUCAAUGAUAUCAGGUUUUUAAAGUAACACCUUUGUCCAACAUUACUUGGAAAGAACAAGUUUAUAAGGCAUUUUGGUAUUAUGUUCAGAGUUGAAAACGUACAUUACUAUACAUCGUACAGACAAUUUUUAUUAGCUAAUUGUAUCGUUACUCGUUUGCAUUAUUUUAUAUUGAGUUUAACAUCAGUAAACAUUCAAACCAUUAAAAAGAAGUUAAGAUAUUUUAAAUAACUUUAACACGUGAAAUAUACUAUCAAUUUCUAAUUUUAAUUUUACUAGAAGAUCCAAUCUGUUCAUUUGAUAUUAAAAUAUUUUAUUGUGUAUGUACACUGGUGAAUUGCUGGUGGAUAACGUCUUCUUUCUGGAUACGGUGCUAUCAGUAUAAGAGGGAAGGACUCACUACCACCAAUGCACGUAUACAUAAGUUGUUUAAAAUUUAUUACAUUUCUUUGAAUGCGUGUACGUGCUCUCGACUUGCUUAGUUAAAACAAAAACAAUGUCAGAGAUCUUUUGUUAGUCGCCGGCAUUGGAGGAAAAAGUUAGGUUAGGUUAAGAAAUUUCGAAAGUAUGUCAGGGAAACGCCAUCUAGUCAGAGACGAGAAGUAGGUAACUACCUCGCCCGUAGUGCAGGUAAAAUUAGUCUCGUAUUGAAUAAGACAGUUCCUUGCAAAGAUUAUGAUGGCAAGUACCGGGUGGAAGGUGGUGCAAGCUCAUGUUCCGAUGAUAAAGUUUCGCAAAGGCGGCCUCAACAGAGCAGCAGUUCAAUCUACGGCAGCUCCAUCUGCAGGAACAGGGUCGAAUGCUCCAAAAAGUACUAGUGGUGCUACUGGGCCCCGAGUUACUGUUUUGCCGACCAUCGAAGACAUUCAAUUACCGCCCCGAUUUCGCAGACGACCCAUAGAUGAGAAGGAAAUUGAGUAUAUUAACCGUGGAGGUCCAGAGUAACAAGUGGAAGCGAUCUCUUUGCAGAAACUAAACAGGUCAUGAUUUCAAACAUGUAACCGUCUAUUAUGUCGUCAUAUGUUUCCUGUAAAUAAAGAUGAAAGUUAGAUGCUAA